GAUUCUCUCCUGCUCCUGCUCCUCCUCCUAAGCAGGAGGUGGGCAGGUCUGACUACAUUAAAUAUACAAACACGCUGUGCUCACUCUCAGGCAUCAUCCGUGGCCCAUCAGCAGCAAAACCCGAGCGAAGGCUGCCCCAAGGGCUGGGGAAGGCUGAAAGCAGCAGCAGCAGCAGCAAAUAAAGCAGCAGCCUGGUGGGAAAGGGGAGAGGAGCAGCAGGAGGAGGCUGGGCACCCCAGGCUCGCACAGGAGCUCCUGCAGCCCCUGCACAUCACCUGUGAGUGACCCAGCAGCAGCGUCCCAGCAAACAGCAUCCUUCGAGGAGGAAGAGCAUCCUUCGAGGAGGAAGAGCUGGAAGAGAGAAGAGCAAAAAAAAAAAAAACAAAACCACAACAAAGCACCAGCUGCUAUCCCUUCCCAGAGGGAGAGAGAGUGGAAGGAGUUUAAGGGAAUGAACCUGGAGGAUCCAGAGACUCAGAGUGGAAAAGUUGCCCUGACGGGAGACUCUGCACACUGAAGCUCUGCUCCACGAUGGGAUUUCUCGUGCCUAAGGGAAACCUCCUCCUCCUGCUGUGUGCCAGCGUUUUCCCCGCCUUUGGCCACGUGGAGACCCGAGCCCACGCCGAGGAGCGGCUGCUGAAGAAACUCUUCUCAGGUUACAACAAGUGGUCGCGUCCCGUGGCCAACAUCUCGGACGUGGUGCUGGUGCGCUUCGGGCUCUCCAUCGCCCAGCUCAUCGACGUGGAUGAGAAAAACCAAAUGAUGACCACGAAUGUGUGGGUGAAGCAGGUGGGUGCCCCUAAAAGUGUGUUUUUCCUUGUUUCUUUGCAUUUUUUUCUGCUGAACUCUCCCAGGUUUGUAACCACCUAUUUUUGGCAGGAGUGGCACGACUACAAGCUGCGCUGGGACCCCCAGGAGUACGAAAAUGUCACAUCCAUCCGCAUCCCCUCGGAGCUCAUCUGGAGGCCAGACAUUGUCCUGUACAACAAUGCUGACGGUGACUUUGCAGUGACCCACCUGACCAAGGCUCACCUCUUCUAUGACGGGAGAAUUAAGUGGAUGCCCCCUGCUAUCUAUAAAAGCUCCUGCAGCAUCGAUGUCACCUUCUUCCCCUUUGACCAGCAAAACUGCACGAUGAAGUUUGGCUCCUGGACCUAUGACAAAGCCAAGAUAGACCUGGUGAGCAUGCACAGCCACGUGGACCAGCUGGACUACUGGGAGAGCGGGGAGUGGGUCAUCAUCAACGCCGUGGGCAAUUACAACAGCAAGAAAUACGAGUGCUGCACAGAGAUCUACCCUGAUAUCACUUACUCCUUCAUUAUCCGGAGGCUGCCGCUCUUCUACACCAUCAACCUGAUCAUCCCCUGCCUGCUGAUCUCCUGCCUGACCGUCCUGGUCUUCUACCUGCCCUCUGAGUGUGGGGAGAAGAUAACCCUGUGCAUCUCCGUGCUGCUGUCCCUCACUGUGUUCCUGCUGCUCAUCACGGAGAUCAUCCCAUCCACCUCCCUGGUCAUCCCUCUGAUUGGGGAGUACCUGCUGUUCACCAUGAUUUUCGUUACCUUGUCUAUCAUCAUCACUGUCUUCGUGCUCAACGUGCACCACCGCUCCCCCCGCACCCACACCAUGCCAGACUGGGUCAGGAGGGUUUUCCUGGACGUGGUGCCUCGGAUCCUGUUCAUGAAACGUCCCUCCACAGUGAAGGACAGCUGCAAGAAGCUCAUCGAGUCCAUGCACAAGACAGCCAACGCGCCGAGGCUCUGGUCCGAGAUGGACGUGGAGCCCACCUUCACUACCUCAUCCUCUCCCAGCCCCCAGAGCGACGAGCCAUCGCCCACCUCCUCCCUCUGCGCCCACCUGGAGGAGCCAGCCCAGCCCCAGCCCCUCUGCAAGUCCCCCUCUGGCCAGUGCUCAGGGCUGCACCCAGAGCCCGCACAGGUGUCCUGCUCCUCUCCCCAGCCCUGCUCUGCCCUGAAGGGCAGGUCGCUGAGCGUGCAGCAGAUGCACAGCCCCGGCAAGGGCGAGGAGGGCGCGAUGCGCUGCCGGUCCCGCAGCAUCCAGCACUGCUACCUGCAGGAGGACUCCUGCCGGGCCAGCGCCCGCCCCAGCGGCUCCCCGGCCUGCCGGCCCCACGACAAGCCCCCCCAGUGCAGCUGCAAGUGCAAAAAGGCUGUGGCAGCCGGCACAGCGGCCCAGGGCAGCAGGAGCCACGGCGCCAAGGAGCAGCACCUCGUGCUGAUGUCCCCGGCCCUGAAGCUGGCAGUGGAAGGGGUUCACUACAUCGCAGACCACCUGCGGGCAGAGGAUGCUGACUUCUCAGUGAAGGAAGACUGGAAGUACGUUGCAAUGGUCAUUGACAGGAUCUUCCUCUGGAUGUUCAUCAUUGUGUGUCUGCUGGGAACUGUUGGGCUCUUUCUCCCACCGUGGCUGGCAGGAAUGAUCUAAAUAUAGCACCAAAGGGAAGAGAUUAUUGUCCCACUAUCCCUCUGUGGGUUUUAGUUCACCUGGAAGGAGAGCACAGAGAGAUGGGGGCAGCCCUUUGAAUAAUUCACUGCGUGUCCUCACUCGAGCUGCUCCCAGGGAAUCCUUUCUGAAGUUGCAUUGUUUUGCUGAGCCAUUUCCAUCUCCUCCAUCUAAUUUAGGGGAAGAGUUCUUAUCCAAGUCUGUACAUAGCACGGUGGCAUUCAUUGGCAUAUACUCAGCAGUGUAAGAACACGAGCUUGUCCUAAAGCAGCACAGAAAGGGGCUCUGCAUCCACAAACCAGCCCCUGGCAAUAGCUCCAGGCACCCUCAGCAGCCUCACUGUGCCCUGCCCUGUCAGGCUCAAGUCUUGCAGGGCUGUGUGUCCCUGUAUGAGUCAUUUUAUAAAUAAAGUUCUGAAUUUGG